CCGAGGCCAUAUACAAGUACGGUACGCACAGCCAUAUGAACUCGAUCAAUCAAACUGCGUCCUGCGUUCUGGCAGAUCGCCAACUGGGUCCGCAGGUCUCCGUGCGCUGCCGAAGUUUCGAUUUUACGGUCACAUUUGAAGAAAGUAUUUUGUCAGUUCUCCCAUCAGUGCUCUUCAUUAGUUCUGCAGCCAUUCGAAUUGCCCUUCUUUACAAGGAGAACCCCAAGGUUGGGGCGCGACUUUCCCAAAGACUGAAGCUGUCUCUGGCAGGCGUCUUUGGUUUGCUCCAGUUGUCACUUCUUGCCAUUUACACCCGACCGCAGCACCCGGAUCAUCAGCCGUGGGGAAUUGCAGCAUUGGCUCUAGCAGUGGCAGACUCCAUCUUUGUCGGUUUACUCUCGUACUUGGAACAUGGAAGGGCGAUCUCCCCAUCCGGCAUAUUGCUUUCUUAUCUUCUGUUGACGACAUUGCUCGAUGCCGCUCGUUUGAGAACUAUAUGGCUGCUUCAUCAUGGCAGGCUGCCUUUCCAGGUGAUCGCUUCACUCAGUCUAGCUAUGAAAGUGUCCAUUCUUUUCAUUGAAUCAAGGGAAAAAACUGAGCACUUCCUCGACUCACAUGAUGCUGCACGAUCGCCCGAGGAAACGAGAGGACUAUUUAGCAAUGGCCUGUUCCUGUGGACAAACUCUCUUCUUUGGAGGGGGUUUAGAAAGGUUCUUUGCUUGAGCGACCUCUACAAUGUUCCAGGGGAAUGCAUUGGCGUUGGACUAGACCAGGGGUUUGAAGAGGCUUUCGAAAAGAGCCAGGCAAAGAAUUAUAGGCUUGUCAAAGCCGCGUUGAGGGUUUUCAUGUUCAGGCUGUUGCGUCCAGCAAUGCCGCGAAUUUUCCUUCUAGCAUUCACCUUAUUACAACCGAUUCUAAUGCUGGAGCUUCUUCGCUGGCUAGAACAGGCUUCCCAUCGCGACAUGAACAUAGGCUACGGCUUACUAGGAGCCUAUGCCAUCUUGUAUAUAGGCCAGGCUAUCGCCACUGGUGCUUAUUGGCGUCUUCAGCUCCGAUUCAUCACGACCCUCCGUGGAACGUUGAUCUCAGCGAUCUAUCGAAAGGCACUCCAACUCCGUGAUGUCGAGGCAAAGAAGGCUACUGUGGCUCUGCUGAGCACCGAUGUAGAGAUGGCAUGCACUGGACUAGAGCAGCUCCACGAGGUUUAUUUUAGUCUGUUGCAGAUCGGCAUCGCAACCUGGCUGUUGGAGCGGCAAGUCGGGGCGGCGUGCGUUUCUCCUGCUAUCGUGGCAGCGACCUGCGCCAUUGCUACAUACAAAUUGUCCCAGCAUGUGGGUCAAAGUCAGAAAGCAUGGUUGACGAGCGUACAAAAACGGUUGAAUGCCACCACAUCAGUUCUUUCAAACAUGAAAACUGUGAAAUUAUCCGGUUUUGCGAAAAGCAUUUCCGAUAGGCUUUCUGAUCUGCGUGAUAGCGAGCUUCAAUCUGCUUCAAGAUACCGUACGAUCUUAGUGUGGGUUAUGGGCUUGGCGUACGCUCCUUCGGCAAUAUCCCCCGUGGUGACUUUGACCAUCUACGCCGCCAUUCAAUCUAACGCCUGGACUUCAUCCAGUGCAUCUCAUAUCUAUACUGCUAUCUCGCUCCUAGGUCUCAUCGCAUCCCCCUUGGUGGCUGUGUUUCAACUGGUUCCUAUGGUUGUGGCGGCACUGAGCUGCCUAGACCGAAUUGAAGGAUUCCUCGCGAGUUCAGCCCACGCGGACUACCGGGUUUCACCCAGAACACCAGGUACCCUGAUUAUCUCUGAAAAGCAGGCAAUGGAGACUAUCAACCCUUCAUGUCCUUCAUCAGAUCAGGAACCAGGGGACCCAUCUCGAUUUGCCUUGACCAUCAAUAAUGCAAGCUUCUCUUACCCUGGAUCAUCUUCUGCCGUGCUUCAAGACAUUACGGUCAACAUCCCACGGUCGCAGCUCACACUAAUUUUAGGACCCGUCGGCAGUGGAAAGUCAGCACUUCUCCGGGCUAUGCUUGGAGAAAUGGAUCUACUCACAGGCAGCGUGGAAAAGAAAGUCCGAGAUCCUGCGUAUUGCCACCAAUCUCCUUGGCUUCUGAAUAGUUCUAUCCGAGAAAACAUCGUUGGUCCCGAUCAAGACCUUGACACUGAGCUCUACAGUAAAGCACUGUGGGCUUGCGAGUUGGAUCACGAUCUUCGCGAAAUAGUUGAAGGGGAUAACACCAAGGUCGGAAGUAGCGGCGUCACGCUGAGUGGGGGACAGAAACAGCGGAUUGCGAUGGCCAGAGCCGUAUAUGCGCGAAAAGAGCUUUUUGUUCUCGACGAUAGUUUCAGUGCGCUUGAUCCUCGCACGGAGGGGAAGGUUGCGCGGCGCCUUCUCGGACCCAAAGGCAUGAUGCGAGAGAACGGACAGACUGUGGUUGCUGCUUCCAACGGAGAAUGGUUGUUACCGUACGCCGAUCUGAUUAUUCUUCUUGACAUUAAUGGCAGGAUCCGGGCCCAGGGCUCGCCGGAAGAACUGGCAUCACAUUUCACUAUUCCAUCCAAGGGCAACAACAUGGAAGACGACGAUAUCUACAUCUCAAACCAAGAAGCUUUGUCAGUUCCGAAUACAUCUUCCGAUAAGAAAGUCCAACAGACCGAACCAGGGUACGAUGGCCCUGAACAUCGCAAUGUUCCAGUUUAUCGUUCCUAUUUCCGCUCCAUGGGUUUCUGGCGAAGCAUGGUAUUAUGUGCUCUUCUGAUUCUCCAGACACUUUUCUCAAAGUUUCCCACUGUCUGGCUUCACUGGUGGUUGGAUAAAGACCCUUCGAGCAUGGGGUCUUCAUACGCGAAGUACAUCGGAGUCUACAGUCUCUUUCAGGCUGCAUCCAUGAUAUUCACCCUUCUUGCCGCCUUCCAGCAACUGCGCAUUGUCAUGCCACAGACCAGUCGCUAUUUCCACAGUCGUCUCUUGGCAGCUGCCAUGGGAAUGCCAAUGCCGGAUUUCAGCAGGAUUGACACGGGGUCAAUCAUCAACAACAGAUUCAGCCAAGAUUUGCAAUUAAUCGACUGGAACCUACCAGUCACGUUUCUGAAUGCCUCGGAAGGUGCUCUCGCGACAUUGGCACAGGUCAUCAUCAUCGCAAGCUCCUUUCCCUACAUUUUCAUCGCAUUUCCAGUUCUCUUCGCCCUCAUGCUCGCCAUUCAGAGGUUUUACCUGCACACAUCGAAGCAAAUACGCGCGAUGGACAUUGAGGCGAAGAGCCCGCUGCUCGAUCACUUCCUCGAGACCAUAAAUGGCCUCCAUACAGUUCGUGCAUUUGGCUGGCAGCACGACAUCCGCAAAAAGCACGACGCACUUCUUAACGCGUCACAGAGGCCCUACUACCAGCGAUUCAUGGUUCAAAGAUGGCUGAACCUCGUGCUCGACAUGGUAGCUGCGGGAGUCGCGAUUCUUGUGGUCGGACUGGCCAUCAGACUGCAAACUCGGUCGACGCUGGUCGGACUCGCAUUGGUCAAUGUCAUCUCCCUGAAUGAGACCCUGCAACUGCUGAUCCUUCAAUGGGCGGUGAUGGAGAUUUCACUCGGAUCCAUCAUACGUUUGGAAGAAUUCACGGUCCAAGCCAGAACCGAUCGUCUCCUCGAGCAGCAAAACAACCCUCCUGUCCAGGCGAUUGGGGGUCUGUGGCCCCCGCAUGGCUCAAUUGAAUACAAAAAUGUGACUGCCCGAUACCAAAAGAAUGAUCCCGACGUGCUCAAGAACAUUUGCUUGUCCAUCCCCGCCGGCUUCAAAGUGGGGGUCUGCGGUCGAACGGGCAGCGGAAAGAGCACUCUGAUCUCUGCACUGUUUCAGAUGAUCGACCUCACCUCUGGGUGUAUCGUCGUCGACGGCGUUGAUAUCGCAGCGCUCGACCCCGGGUUGGUCCAAUCGCAUCUGAUUGGUAUAUCUCAACACAGUUACAUCAUGCCGGGAGUUUCCGUUCGGGAUAAUCUGCAGCUGGGGUGUGUCAACCCAUCGGAAGAUUCUCAACUCAUCGCAGCCCUGCAGAAAGUCGAUCUUUGGAAUUUCGUCUCGAAACGAGGAGGUCUCUCGGCUAUCCUGGACAAUGAGGCAAUGUCUGCCGGACAGAGUCGGCUUUUUACCUGUGCGCGAGCCCUCCUGCGGUCUGGGUCGGUAGUGGUGUUGGACGAGCCGGCCAGCAGCCUCACAGCUGAAACGGCGGAUUUGGUCCACCGAGUCAUUUUGGAGGAAUUCAAGGAGCGGACAGUCAUUGCUGUUAUGCACCAGAUUGAAAGGUUACUGGAUUUCGAUAUGGUAGUGGUGAUGGGGGAUGGUCGACUGGUGGAGAUGGGCCAGCCUCGGGAGCUGCAGGAGGGGAAUGGUCUCUUUCGAAGUCUGCUCGACGCAAGUCAAUCACGUCAAUGAGUUUGCUUUGCCUUCCCUACGAAAUGCUGGUGUGGAGUUGAGAUUGAUGCUAAAGUGUCAGAGCAUUUUGCCUUUGGCUCUUUUGUUAUAUUUGUUGUUGUCUAGUAUACGAGUCCUGGCUAAUUACUCUCGGAAUCGGCCCGAAUGAUUUAUAUAAGCACAGAGGGCAACUUGAUCCAACCGAGCUUGAGUUGUAAGAUCGCUC